GUCGUAGACAAGUAGGAUGUGCGAUAAUUAUGACAUAGAUACGAGGGUGCUAUAAAAGGCUGACUUGGGGCUGCAUGCACUAUAAUUGAACAGGAACAUGAAGACCGCUGUCGUCCUGCUUUUCCUUGCACUUUUCGCUGCUGUUUACGCUGACCAAGCCUGCAAUCCCGAUGGCGAUGGCAUGCCGGACUGCACUGGACGCUCUGGACAGGUUUCACGGGACAACUGGGACCCAACCCACUACUGGGAGUGCGACAACACCGGUGUAGCUGUCUUGACAGCGUGCGAAUCACAAACUGGAUUCGAUCCCAAGACCGGAAAAUGUAUUCCCUGGAGCACUUGGCAAUGGUAUGAGCCCUGCCCACAGAUUGAGCAAUAAACUGUUCUACUGAUUGAA